AAGGGAAUCCAACUUUUUGUCACUCACGAAUUGGUUUCGUAGCCCAUUUAAAGUUAAGCCCAUGAGAGAACCCAAUCUACAUAAUGGCCUUAGAUAUCAGAUCCAUGGAGUUCGGAGUUGAGAUUUUCCGGAAUCUGAGAGAGAGAGAGAGAGAGAGCGCAAUGGCCUCCUCUUCCAAGAAACCCAAAGAAGAGAACAAGAAGAAGAAGAAUAAGGAGAAGAGCAACAGAACCGCUGACAAAGACACAAAAAAAUCCAUUAAAAAACCAGAGAAGAAAGCAAGUGCCUCCAAAACACCUACCAAAUCAAAGCCAAAUCCCGAAUCAAAGCCAGACAAAAGCAAAAACAAGAGCAGCAAUGGAAUCCCGGUCAAGUCCCAGGUUAUUGCCGACCCAUCUUCAAGCUCUGAAUCAGAACCCCAAGAAAACAGAAACAACUCCCACAAGAACGUUAAACCCAACAGCAAAAGGAAGCGAAAGGAAGAAGUAGACGAGGAAGAAGAAGAAGCAAAGGUGUGUAGAUUUCCAAUGAACAGAAUCAAGAGGAUAAUCAAGACUGAAGAUUCACAUAUGGCUGUUUCUCAAGAUGUUGUUUUUCUUGUUAACAAAGCCGCGGAAUUGUUUCUUGAAAAGUUCUGCGAAGAUGGAUACAAAUGCUCCAUUAAAGAUCGCAAGAAAUCACUUAGUUACAAGCACCUAUCAACAGUUGUCCAUGAACAGAAGAGAUAUGACUUUCUAUCAGAUUAUGUCCCUCAGAAAAAAAAAGCUGAGGAUGCAUUAAAAGUGAUGAAUUUAGCCGAGACAGGGGAGGGAUAGGAGCUUGGAUGAUCAAGGCACUGGCCUGCUUUUAAGCAAACUAGGACAUCAUUGGCUUGUUUAUGGUUGUAAGUUGGAAGAAGAUAUUGGUGCUGUACUGUAACUUGUUUCGGUAACACGGGAUUUGAUCUCUGAGCUCGCCUGCAUGCCAAUGUUUCGCUAACAUGAAUUACUGCAUGUCCGUACUUUUUUGAGAUGGUGAAAUGAAAAUGAUGAAGAUAUGAUGGGUUAGUCGUAAA